UUAAUUAGUUUCUCAAAUCUCCGGGUCGGCAGCAAUCCAAACAAAUCUGAAGGCCGAAGCGGAAGUGAGCGAGAGACGACUAAAGGGAGACUCGGCAGGGACGAGUUCUUACAUCGGAAGGGCCUAAAUAAGCGUUACAAGAAAAAAAUUUGACCCGCGUAAGUCUACCCUCGGCCAGUCCGGGUUUUCCCCCCGACCAAACAGAGAGAAAGCGGUGCCGGUGAGACCAGACCAGAUCGGAUGGCGGACGGAACUGCGCACUCGCGGUAUGUGAAGCUGACGAAGGAUCAAGCGCCGGCCGAGGACAUUAAGCCCGGCGAGCUCAAUCAGCCCAUCGAAGUUCCCCAGUUGAAUGUUCACAGGUGUCACGAAUGUGGACAGCCUUUACCCGAGAGCUAUCAGCCCCCUGGAGAUGAGCCUUGGACAACCGGAAUUUUUGGCUGUGCUGAAGAUAGAGAAAGUUGCUUGACAGGGUUAUUUUGUCCAUGUGUUCUGUUUGGGCGCAAUGUUGAGAGCCUAAGAGACGAUACCCCUUGGAACAGACCAUGCAUUUGUCAUGCCGUUUGUAUUGAAGGUGGUAUGGCUCUGGCAGCAUUAACUGCAAUCUUCCAUGGCAUUGACCCAAGGACUUCAUUUCUUAUUUGCGAGGGUCUGUUAUUUUCUUGGUGGAUGUGUGGGGUAUAUACAGGUCUUGUCCGGCAAUCCUUGCAGAAGAAGUAUCAUCUACAGAACUCGCCGUGUGACCCAUGCUUGACACACUGCUGCUUGCACUGGUGCGCCUUGUGCCAAGAGCACAGGGAGAUGAAGGGACGCCUCUCGGACAAUGCUGUGAUGCCAAUGACCGUCGUCAACCCACCCCAAGUUCAACAGAUGAAGUCUGCUGACGACAACCAGGACUCCGCUUCACCCUCCUCUACCAACAACAAUGGCCACACAGAUAUGGAGAUGCAGGCAUUGUAAGAUUUACGCAAAGCAUCAUUUCACUAGGGUUUUAUGUGUGUGAGCUGUCGCCGCAUACACGGGAGGUCGUCUAUACAGUUGCUUAAUAUUAAUCUAUAUAAACCUCAGUCUAUAUAUAGUCUUAAUUCUUUUCCAUUGGAGAGAUCGUUAAUUUUUAAAGUUUAUGGCUUCAAUAUGCAAGCGAUGAAAGGCUUUCCCUUUUAUUUCCUUUCUA